AUGGAGUUAAUUGACGUAAUAAAAAGAGCUCAAAUGCCUUUUAUGGAAACUUACAAUUCCGAAUUUGGUGUGUUUCGCCAAGGUCAUAUUGAUUAUGAACCAGGGACAUCAACCGCCAGAUUAUUUAGACCAGAAACAUCGGUUAGUGGACAGUAUCGCCAUGGAUACUCGACUGAAUAUGGACCGGGAAACUCGAGCAGUAGGCAAUAUCGCCAUGAAUACUCAACUGAAUAUAGGCCGGAAAUCUCGAGCAGUGGGCAAUAUCGCCAUGGAUACUCGACGCAGUCAAAUUACGGGCCAGAAGCCUCGAGCAGUGAAAGUCGCCGUGCAUAUUCUACGUCUGUUCCAGACAAGCAAGACAAUACCGGAUAUACGGAGGUGUUAUCUCCAUCUGACACAAAUGUAACAGAUACGUCUCGGAAUUCUGAAUUACUUGAACUAUUUCAGGAAAAUUCUUUAGCAUAA